AUCGAAAUCAAACGAUCGUUUGCAAUUUUCAAGAUAUUAAACUUUUUUCCAGACUUUAAAAUUUUCUUAUUUUGUUUUUAUCUUUCCGAGUAGACACCAUCUUCGCAAUGUUUACAUUCAUUUCGCGCCAAACAAAAUCAGUCCGCAACGUCGCGUCUCGUGCACCAGCAGUCCCUUUCCAACGGUUUCAUCGAAACACACCCUCCGCAACGAUGCCAACCCUAAACAACGGCCUGCCGAUUCCCGCAAUGGGCCUCGGAACGUACAAAAUUUCCGGCGCGGACGGAGUCCGCACGCUGCAGCUCGCCAUCACCGCCGGUUACCGCCUGUUCGAUACGGCGUCCGCGUACGGCAACGAGUCUACGCUGGGUGAAACCCUCGCCGGGGUUGACCGGUCGGAUGUGUUUGUGGUUUCGAAGCUGGGGCCGGGUUUUCACCGGCCGGAGCGGGUCGAGGAGGGGGUGCGCGGCUCGUUGACGCGGUUGGGGCUGGAGUACGUGGAUUUGUACCUGAUGCACUCGCCGGUUGGGAUGGUGUUUGGGGAUGAGGGGUUGGUGGACGAUGGGGUGAGUCCGGUUGAUACGUGGCAUGCGUUGGAGGAGUGCUACCGGAAGGGGCUGGUGCGCUCGAUUGGGGUGUCGAACUUUAGUGAGGCUCAGCUGGGGGCGGUUUUGGAGGGGGGUGGGGUGAAGCCGGCCGUUCAUCAGUUUGAGUGUUCGGUUGGGUUUAGGGAGGAGCGGAUGGUGGGGAUGUGUCGGGAAGAGGGGGUGCUGGUGAUGGCGUAUAGGCCGCUGGGGAAGCCGAAGGUGGAACUGAAGAAGCCGGACUAUUUGUACGAGGGAAAGGUGGUGGAGGUUGCCCGGGAGUUGGGGAAGACGCCGGCGCAGGUGGCGCUGCGGUUUUUGAUUGAGGAAGGAUUCGUGCCGAUUCCCAAGUCUUCAAACGCUGAACGGCUGAAGGAAAAUUUGGCGGUUCUGGACUUCAAGCUUGACCAGGAGACAAUGGAGCGGCUGAGGACGUCCGUAGUUCAGCACGAUCGGACUGCAACCUUGGACUGGUUGAAAGGGGCAAAACAUUACCCGUUCUAAUAAAAUUACGUUCACCUCAAUAAAGAAUAAUUGAAACUCAUUCGAGCUGUCAC